UGAAUGAGGUAGCUCGGAGGGAGGUGACUCAGGCAGCACACCCCACUGUCAGCUCAGGAGCACCCCAAGAAGUCCUGGGGAGAAACGAAACUCUCAGCAUGGACCUGUACCACACACCAGCCGGAGCUCUGGACAAGCUGGUGGCCCACAGCCUGCACCCAGCCCCUGAGUUCACAGCGGCUGUGCGGGGUGCUCUGGGGUCCCUGGACACCGCCCUCCGGGAGCAGGGAGCCCGAGGGUUGCAGAGACCAAGGGUGAUAAGGAUCGCCAAGGGAGGAGCCUAUGGCCGCGGCACAGCUCUCAGGGGUGGCAGCGAUGUCGAACUUGUCAUCUUCCUCAACUGCUUCCGGAGCUUUGGGGACCAGAAGACCUGUCACUCGGAGACCCUGGGUGCCAUGCGAAUGUUGCUGGCAUCCUGGGGCCGCAACCCUGGGCCUGGCCUGACUUUUGAGUUCUCUGAGCCAAAGGCGUCCGGGAUCUUACAGUUUCGUCUGACAUCGGCAGACCAAGAAAACUGGAUGGAUGUUAGCCUGGUGCCUGCCUUUGAUGUCCUAGGACAGCCCCGCUCUGGUGUCAAGCCAACACCCAACGUGUACGCCUCCCUCCUCAGCAGCCGCUGCCAGGCCGGGGAGCACUCGGCCUGCUUCACAGAGCUCCGAAAGAACUUUGUGAACACUCGCUCAGUCAAGCUCAAGAACUUAAUCCUACUGGUCAAACACUGGUACCGCCAGGUGCAGACACAGACCGUGAGGGCCACGCUGCCCCCCAGCUACGCCCUGGAGCUGCUUACCAUCUUUGCCUGGGAGCAGGGCUGUGGGAAAGACGCCUUCAGCCUGGCCCAAGGGCUCCGGACCGUCCUGGCCUUGAUCCAACGCAACAAGCACCUCUGCAUUUUCUGGACGGAAAACUACGGCUUCGAGGACCCUGUGGUGGGGGAGUUCUUGCAAAGGCAGCUCAAGAGACCCAGGCCCGUGAUCCUGGAUCCGGCUGACCCGACGUGGGACGUGGGCAACGGGACAGCCUGGCGCUGGGAUGUGCUGGCCAAGGAGGCUGAGUCCAGCUUUAGCCAGCAAUGCUUCAAGCAGGCCUCAGGAGUCCUUGUGCAGCCUUGGGAGGGGCCGGGCCUUCCACGUGCUGGGAUCUUGGAUUUGGGCCACCCAAUCCAUCAAGGGCCUAAUCAGGCCCUUGAAGACAACAAAGGCCACCUUGCUGUUCGGCCAAAGGAGAGCAGCCUAAAACCUUCAAGUUCAGCUCCAGGACUCCCAGAAGCUGCCACCAAGAUCCCUGCUAUGCCAAACCCAAGAGUCAGUAAAACCCCCAAGAGCCUCAAGGAAGCAGCGCACCCUAAGACUGUCAAUGAAUCAGCGUUGUAUAAUAUCUCAAGUCUCAUUCAGAUCACCCAGAGCAUAGCAUCCUCAGACACACCUCCUGGCCCCUCUCGCAUUUCCACCACUGGGGCAGGGACAGGCCCAGAUCUGUCACAGAUCCCCAGCAAGGACCUAGACUCCUUCAUCCAGGACCACCUUAGGCCAAGUCCCCAGUUCCAGGAACAGGUGAGGCGGGCCAUCGACGCCAUUCUAUCCUGCCUCCGGGAGAAGAGUGUCUACAAAGUCUUGAGGGUCAGCAAGGGCGGCUCUUUCGGCCGUGGCACGGACCUCAGGGGCGGCUGCGAUGUGGAGCUUGUCAUCUUUUAUAAAACCCUCGUGGACUUCAAGGGCCAGAAGUCCCACCAGGCAGACAUCCUGUGUGACAUGCAGGCCCAGCUGCGGCGCUGGUGUCAGAACCCGGUGCCUGGACUGAGCCUCCAGUUUGUUGAAAAGAAGCCCAACGCUCUGCAACUCCAGCUGGUGUCCGCUGACCUCAGCAGCCGGGCAGACCUCAGCAUGCUGCCCGCUUUUGAUGCUGUGGGGCCACUGAAGUCUGACUCCAAACCUCAGUCCCAAGUGUACGCCUCCCUCCUCAGCAGCCACUGCCAGGCAGGGGAGCACGCAGCCUGCUUCGCUGAGCUCCGAAGGAACUUCAUAAAUACUCGCCCUCCCAAACUUAAGAGCCUGAUGCUACUGGUCAAACAAUGGUACCGCCAGGUUGUCACUCGGUACAGAGGAGAGGCAGCAGGCAGCACCCUGCCCCCAGCCUAUGCCCUGGAGCUCCUGACCAUCUUUGCCUGGGAACAAGGCUGUGGAAAGGAAAAGUUCAGCAUGGCUGAAGGCCUGCGGACCAUCCUGAGGCUGGUCCAGCAGCACCAGACACUCUGUAUCUACUGGACGGUCAACUACAGUGUGCAGGACCCAGUCAUCAGAGCACACCUUCUCGGACAGCUUCGGAAAGCCAGGCCUCUAGUCCUGGACCCUGCAGAUCCUACCUGGAACGUGGGGCAGGGCAGCUGGAAGCUGUUAGCUCAGGAGGCGGCUGCCCUGGAGUCGCGAGUCUGCCUUCAAAGUGGGGAUGGGACUCUGGUGCCUCGCUGGGAUGUGAUGCCAGCCCUCCUUCACCAGACCCCGGCUGAGGACCUGGACAAGUUCAUCAGUGAGUUCCUCCAGCCCAACCGCCAUUUCCUGUCCCAGGUGAAGAAAGCAGUGGACACCAUAUGUUCCUUCCUGAAAGAAAACUGCUUCCGGGACUCUCCCAUCAAAGUGCUCAAGGUGGUCAAGGGUGGGUCUUCUGCCAAAGGCACGGCUCUACAAGGGCGCUCCGAUGCUGACCUGGUGGUGUUCCUCAGCUGCUUCCGCCGGUUCUCUGAGCAAGGCAGCCGUCGGGCAGAAAUCAUCUCGGAGAUCCAGGCUCAGCUGGAGGCGUGUCAGCGGACGCACAGCUUCGAUGUCAAGUUUGAGAUCUCCCAGAGGAAGAACCCCCGAGUGCUCAGCUUCACGCUGUCGUCCCAGACGCUGCUGGACCAGAGCGUGGACUUUGACGUGCUGCCAGCCUUCGACGCUCUCGGCCAGCUGAGGUCUGGCUCUCGGCCUCAUCCCCAGGUCUACGCAGACCUCAUCCACAGCUACGGCAAUGCAGGAGAGUUCUCGACCUGCUUCACGGAGCUGCAGCGAGACUUCAUUAGCUCCCGUCCCACCAAACUCAAGAGCCUGAUCCGGCUGGUGAAACACUGGUACCAACAGUGUAACAAGACGGUCAAGGGGAAAGGUUCCCUGCCCCCCCAGCACGGGCUGGAGCUCCUGACCGUGCACGCCUGGGAGCAAGGCAGCCAGAGCUCCCAGUUCAACAUGGCGGAGGGCUUCCGCACGGUUCUGGAGCUGAUUGGCCAGUACCAUCGGCUGUGCGUCUAUUGGACCAAAAACUACAGUGCAGAAGACAAGAUCAUCGGCGACUUCCUGAAGAUGCAGCUUCAGAAGCCCAGGCCUGUCAUCCUGGACCCAGCUGACCCGACAGGCAACCUGGGCCACAAUGCCCGCUGGGACCUGCUUGCCAUAGAGGCUGCAGCGUACACAUCUGCCGUAUGCUGCAUGGACAGAGAUGGCAAACCCAUCAAGCCAUGGCCUGUAAAGGCUGCUGUGUGAAGUCCAGAAAGAUCAGUGGUCACACCGUCUCAUGCUGAUGUGAUGAGUAUCCCAGCGCAGCAAGGGAUACUCAGAGUAUCUGGCCAGAUGUGUGUGUGUGUGUAUUGUGUGUUCUGUAUGUCUAUAUGUGUGUAUCUGUGUGCUUAUAUGUUUGUGUCUAUGCAUGUAUCUGUACAUAAGUGUGUGUGUCUGGGUGUUCAUGUGUCUGUAUGUGUGUAUCUGUGUGUUUUGUGUGCAGUGUGUCUAUAGCUAUAGGUGUAUCUGUGUGUGUCUAUGUGUGUGUCUAUGGUGUGUAUCUAUGUAUCUGUGGGUGUCUAUAUAUGUGUCUGCAUGUAUGUAAAUAUGUGUAUAUGUGUGUUCAUGUGUCUCUGUGUAUCUCUGUGUAUCUGUAUGCUUAUGUGUAGUAUGUCUAUAUGUGUGUAUAUAUAUAUAUGUGUGUGUGUCUUUGUGUGUCUAUAUGUCUGUGUAUGUAUGUCUGUAUGUAUGUGCUCCCUCAUACCAUUUCCCUUCUACCCACUUGCCCACCCAUGGCCCUCCCUUUCUUCCCACUGUUUACCUACCUAGUACGGCUUCAUUGACCUGUACUGUGAUCAUCCUGGUGCCCCUGACUCCCAUGCUAGACACCCUAGGAACCAGACAUCUCUAAAACUGCCAGUCAGCUGGGCGGUGGUGGCGCACACCUGUAAUCCCAGCACUCUGGGAGGCAGAGGCAGGCAGAUUUCUGAGUUCGAGGCCAGCCUGGUCUACAGAGUGAGUUCCAGAACAGCCAGGACUACACAGAGAAACCCUGUCUUAAAAAAAAAAAAAAAGCAAAUCCAAAAAAAAACCCUGCCAGUCUGCUGUUUAUCUACCCUGGGCUCUGCCCCAAUUCCCACCCCCCACCUCCACCCCCGCAAGCAGCGCCCCAGCCUUGCCAAGAUGCCACACUCCCCCCUGGCAUCUCUCUGCCCCUUGAGCCUGUGUGUACCCCUCUACCUGCAGAGACUCACCAACUGAGGCCCAACUAUGUUCCCCAAGUAAUGCAACCGUGGCCUUCAGGGGGCUGAGGCUGGGAUGACUACAAAGUACCUGGCCCACGGCCACCGCAGUGAAAUAAGCAAAACGCGUGGCAACUGGACCUUAGGGAUGAAGAAGACCGAAGGGUCCCCUGGCCUUGCCCGCGGCUCCAUCUGCUCCCUCAGGAUGAAGCCCAGAAGGGCGGCUUUCCUGAGUCACUUGGUGAAAGUUGAGGCUUAGAUAAUGUCAUGCUUAGGUCACCUACACCCCUGUAACCCCCACCACCACCUAUGCUCUACAAAUAACCCCAAUAAACCCAUCUGCUUGUCCACUGAAA